AUGCCAGGCAAGCCUGAGCCUUUUACCAUGCAUGUCCCCGAAGAAAAAUUGUCCGAGUUUCAUGAGCUCCUGAAAUUGUCAAAGGUCGGGCCUGCGACAUGGUGGAAUCGGCACAAUGAUCGCCGCUUUGGAGUGUCUCACGAGUGGCUAAGCCAGGCGAAAGAAAUAUGGCUUGAGACGUUUGACUGGCGCCAACAAGAGGCGAGGAUCAAUAAAUUCCCCAACUUCAAGAUCACUGUCGAUGACCCGGAGUCUGGGGAAAUUGAGAUGCACUUUUUGGCUCUGUUUUCCUCGAAGAUGGACGCCAUACCGUUCAUUUUUCUACAUGGGUUCCCGGGUUCUGUUUUCGAGCUUUUACCCAUGAUGGAGCUGCUUCUCGACAAGUACACACCCGCAACUCUUCCAUACCACGUCAUUGUGCCAUCGCUACCAAAUUAUGGACUAUCUGGCAGUCCUAAUAAGAACGUCGAGAUGACUUUGGACCAGGCUGCACGCAUCAUGCACCAGUUGAUGAUUGACCUUGGGUUCGGCGAGGGAUACGUUGCUCAGGGCGGUGAUCUUGGCAUCAAUAUGCUAACACUGAAUCCGGGAGAAACUGCACCUUCGUCCGAUAGUGUGUCUGCUGAGGAGCUACAGGAAAUGAAGCGAACCGAAACCUGGGCUCAAACUGGCUUGGCAUUUGCACUUGAGCAUGGAACCCGCCCUGCUACUGUUGGGCUGGCUAUUGCUUCCAAUCCGCUCUCUUUGCUCGCUUGGAUUGGCGAGAAGUUCCUCGAGUGGGUCGACCAACGAGAACCGCUGCCUCUCGAUACCAUAUUGGCUAUGACAAGCUUCUACUGGUUCACGGAUACUUUUCCUCGCAGCCUAUACCACGCACAGGUCCUACAAACGCUGCUCAAAGGAAAUCCUAUCCCGAUAUCGAAAGAAAAACCACUUGGGUAUUCGCAAUUCCCGCGUGAUCUUGCUUUGCUUCCCAAAGCCUGGGCUUAUCAACUUUACCCGAAUUUAGUAUUCUUUAAAGCACAUGAGAUGGGAGGGCAUUUUGCAAGGCUGGAGCAACCAGUGUUAUUCUUAGACGACAUCGAGGACUUUUCCAAAUGUAUUCACAGUAUCUUUAAUUAG